UCAUCCGCCGAGUGAAAAACCACAGUCACUUCGAUACAGGUCAUAGCAGUGAGUGGAUGUAUUAACGUGUUUUGGAAGCUUUCUAGUUGUGAAACCUAAUCAUUUUAAGGUCAUACAAGGAUUUCAAAUAUGUCUCGUCAAGGAGAUAGAGGUUUUGACCCCUCUGAGCCAUCAACUAGUGGACGUAAGAAACCUUACUCUAGACCUUCAGAAUCAGAAUAUUCUGUAAAAGGAAUAGUAAAGGAUAUCCGCCAUGAAGAUGGUGCAAGUACAUAUUCAUCACAAUCCACUGUUCCUGUAAAAAUUAAAUCAGAAAGUGGAGAUGCUGCAUCGACAAAAGAAACACGUGGUCGACGCAAGAUGGAAAUUAUUUAUGUCACUAAACCAGCAAAUUUAGUAACUAAAAAAGGAACGUCUGGGAGACCUGUAUCAUUGCAAACAAAUCAUUUUAAAGUACCUACAGUACCUGAUUGGUGUCUUUAUAAAUAUCGUGUUGAUUUUGAACCAGAAGAAACUCGUACAUAUAUUAAAAAAGGUUUGCUUAGACUUCAUAAAGAAAAAGUUGGUGCCUAUAUCUUCGAUGGUACAAUCUUGUAUACAACCUGUCGUUUACCAGAUAAAGUGGAAUUGGUGUCUACUAGACAAUCUGAUGAUAUGCCUAUUAAAAUAGUUAUACGUUUAGUUGGAGACAUGAUGCGAGAUGAUCCACAUUAUAUACAAUUCUUUAAUAUAAUAAUGAGAAAAUGCCUAGAACAUUUAAAAUUGCAACUGGUUGGCCGUGAAUAUUAUGACGCUCGAAACAAGGUUAACAUACAUCAAUUUAGAUUAGAAUUAUGGCCUGGAUAUAUUACAUCUAUCAGACAAUAUGAACAUGAUAUACUAAUGUGCGCUGAAGUAACGCAUAAAGUAAUGCGUCAAGAAACUUUAUUAGAUAUAUUAAGUGAUUGCUAUAGACGUGGUGCGGAUUAUAGAAAAGAGUUUUGCAACAGUGUGAUUGGAAUUAUUGUACUUACGGAUUAUAAUAAUAAUACAUAUCGUAUCGAAGAUGUCGAUUUUGAUACAAGUCCUUCUUCAACAUUUUCUAUGAAAUCUGGAGAAAGUAUAUCUUAUCAAAAUUAUUAUAAAAAAAGAUACAAUAUCACAAUAACAAAUGGCACACAACCAAUGUUAGUGACAAAAACAAAAUCAAAGACAAGGAAUGCUGGUCAAGGAGAAUUUGUUUAUCUAGUUCCUGAAUUGUGCCGUGCCACAGGUUUAACUGAUAGUAUGAGAGAAAAUUUCCAUCUUAUGAGAGCACUAGCUACACAUACUCGUGUCUCACCCGACUCUCGAAUUGAAAAACUGAUGAGAUUUAAUAUUAGACUUCGUAAAGAGACAAAAGUUAUAGAUGAACUUAAAGACUGGAAUAUGGAAUUAGAAAAAAAUUUACUUGAAGUUCCUGCUCGUGUACUAGCUCCUGAAAGACUUGUAUUUGCUAGGAAUAAUAAGAUUAACUGUGUAGAAGGAGAUUGGACGAGACAAAUGCAAAGAGCACAUUUAUUCAAUACUGUUCAUUUGAAACAGUGGAUAGUAAUUGCAAACCAACGAGAUGAUCAGAGUGUAAAGAAGUUUUUGGCUAACCUAAGCACAGUAUCAAAUGGAAUAUCAUUUCGAUUUGAGUAUCCGCAAAUACAUUAUUUGCGCGAUGAUAAAUCGAGCGUAUAUGCCGAGAUUCUCGAACACAUUCUUAGCAGGAGUACGCCUGACUUAGUAUUCUGCGUAGUGAGCAAUAAUCGCGUUGACCGUUAUGCAGCAAUUAAAAAGAAAUGUUGUGUAGAUAGACCCGUCCCAUCACAAGUUAUGUUACAAAAAAAUUUGGACGGAAGAAAUGCCAUGACUAUUGCUACGAAAGUAGCGAUACAGAUGAACUGUAAAUUGGGCGGUGCACCUUGGUAUAUUGAAUGGCCCUUAAGAGGAUUAAUGACUAUUGGUUUUGAUAUAUGUCACGAUUCGAACACGAAGGGCAGAGAUUUUCUGGCAAUGGUGGCAACUAUCGAUCAAACACUGACGCGAUACUAUAGCUCUAUUACUUUAUAUCAUAAUAGCGAGGAGCUCGUAGAGCAACUUUGUACAAAUGUAUGCAAGGCUGUGCAAGCCUAUCGUUCUCUAAAUAGGGCUUUACCUAUGUACCUUGUAAUUUAUCGUGAUGGUGUCAGUGAAGGUCAAAUACCGCAGGUUUGCGAAAAUGAAGUAGAAGGUUUAAAAAAGAAGCUUGAAGAAAUAUAUUAUGGUCCAAAUUUCAAGAUGAUAUUUAUAAUUGUGUCUAAACGAGUAAACGUUCGACUUUUCGAGAAGAGAAACAAUCCUAAGAUUGGUACUGUCGUUGAUGAUGUUAUAACCAGCCCGUUUAAAUACGAUUUCUUUCUUGUAUCGCAAAAUGUCAGACAAGGCACUGUUUCACCAACUUCGUACAAUAUUAUUUCGGAUAAUACAAGCUUAAACGUAGAUGUGAUACAAAACUUAACUUACAAAUUAACACACAUGUAUUAUAAUUGCUCAAGUACCGUUCGAGUACCGGCGCCUUGUCAUUAUGCACAAAAGCUAUCGUUCUUAGUGGGACGAAUUCUUCAUCGACCUCCAAGUACGCAGCUGGAAAAUAAGCUGUAUUUCUUGUGAUAUAACAUAAAUAUGUCUUUUCAUUAUGGAUUUACUUGGUAUAUUAUGCUUAGUGUAUUAUACUUAGUAUAUUUUUAUAACUUUUAGAUGAUUAAGAAGACAGUGGUUAAAUGUGUUCAUGAUUUUAUUUUUAUAUAUCCUGGAGCUUGAUGUAUGCAAUACUAUUAGAUUAUAAGAUUUCCUAUAUAACAGUACCAAAUAUUGUUCCAAAAAGUCUAUUCUAUUUGAUUUAUUAUAAAUAGAUACACGAUAUUAACACAUUGUA